CGCUGAGGUCUCCAGGGCUUUUCCACUCAGCUGUCGGAUCGUAUUUCACCGGCUGCAGACGUCAACACCGGGCAGGUGUCCGUCUAAAUGACCAGGCCCUGCAUGAGAGUGAGCUGUUAUAUUUAAAAGCUCUCAGCAGCUGUGAAACCACCAUGAAGCUCAGUCUUUGGCAGAGCUUUACUUCACCACCACCCAACAAGAAAAGCGACAACUGCUGCUUGUGGCAGCCGCUUCAUCUGUAAGCAGCUCCCCUUGCGGACCCGGUGGUCUUUUUAUUUGUUCCGCUUUUAGUGUGAUAUGUUAAGAACCACUUGCUAUUGGUCUUUUUUUUUUUUUUGAGUGAAAAACAACAACAGCCGGAGCAGCAGCAGCAGUAACGAAUCUGCGAGGAGGAGCGUCCACCUCCGAGGUUUAUUAAAGCGCAGCAGAGACAGCACACAGACAGACCAGGGCGGAGAGGAGUCAACAUGUUUGAGGCCAAGGGAAUCCCAUUUGUCCUGCUCGAUAUAGCCUGUUUGGUUCUAGUUGGACUCCCAUUUGCAAUACUCAAUUUGCAGCACAGGCCUUUCCGCCGAGGCUUUUUCUGUAAUGACGAAACGAUCAAGUACCCCUUUAAAGAGGACACCAUUUCCUAUCAGUUGUUAGGAGCUGUUAUGAUUCCCAUCACAGUACUCAUUAUGGUCGUUGGCGAGUGCCUUUUAGUCUAUCUAAACCGCCUCAAAUCCAAGUCAACAUUCGGCAGCUAUGCCGCCUGUGUUUACAAAACCGUCGGUACCUUCGUCUUUGGUGCCGGCAUGAGCCAGUCACUGACAGACAUCGCUAAGUAUUCGAUCGGCCGCCUCAGGCCGCACUUCCUGGAUGUGUGCAAACCCAACUGGAAACUCAUCAACUGCUCCGCAGGGGUAUACAUCGAAAACUUCACCUGCACUGGAGACGCAAAGAUGGUCAAUGAGGGCAGACUGUCCUUUUACUCCGGCCACUCAUCAUUCUCCAUGUACUGCAUGCUGUUCCUCGCUCUCUACCUGCAGGCACGGCUUCGGGUCCAGUGGGCGCGGCUGCUCAGACCAACCCUUCAGUUCUUCCUGAUCGCUGCCUCGGUGUACACGGGCCUGUCGAGGGUGUCGGAUUACAAACAUCACUGGAGUGACGUACUGACAGGACUGCUGCAGGGGGCUGUCAUGGCUCUGGUGGUGGUGUUCUUUGUAUCCGACUUUUUCAAAUCAGCUGAAUCUCGUAAAGAAAUGGAAAUCCCUCAUGCAACGCUCCAGGAGACGCCUACAAACGGGAAUCACUUUGAGAGUCCCAACUAAGCUAAGUGGGUGGGGCAGCCCUCUCCUCCCGACGCACACCCAAAAUUCCAGCUCUGAAGCCUUUAAUCCCAAACAAAUCCUGCAUCCAGUACGCUGCAUGGACGUCCAGUUUAAACUACCUGAUUAUUCCUCAAAUAAGCUGAACUUUCUGAACCACACAUGGCCUCUUUUAAUUGUACUCUAGUGAGUAAUUUGCGCUUGUUUACCAGUGUUUCAUGUGGAAAAACAAAAUUGUGAUAUGUGUCUAAACCCCCGAAAUGACUGAUGUGGAUGUAGGUCCGAGGCUGGACAUUCAAAAAUGAGGCGGGGGGGAUCUUUUAGCGCGAUCUACUGAGGUGGAGGAAAAACUUUCAUCCAAACACUAAAGGGUCUGACCACUGCUAGGGCGGAGGGGUGUUAGAAACCUGUGAAUGUAACCCUGCUUUAGUGCUUUUUCUGAACUGCAGUCAUUGUGCUCAAGGAUCUGAUUUAGAGUCAGCUUUAUGUCGUCAGGAUCCAGUUAUGAGUAAAUUAAAAGGGUAUAAGAGGAAAUGAUUUGUGUCAUCAGAGAAUGAAGCUGACCCUAAAGCAGAGAAGUGCACUGCUGCACAUCCAGGCUGCUGCUGUCAACCUGAUAUUAUAAAAAAAAAAAAAAAGUGUUCAUCUUGGGUUAUAGUGAUGCAGAGCAGGCUGUUAAGUCCUGUGUUGCCUUGUACUGGACUGCUGUGGCUGCGCUUACAGCUCCCUGUGUAUAUCUAAUGUAAAACAACAAACACAACAAUGUGCUUUUGUAUAAUCUGUAUGUAAACAAAUCACCAUACAGACUUUUUAUUGAAAAACAAUGUUACAAUUAUGUACAAAUGUCUAAGAUAAGGAAAAAUAAAGCCAUCUUACUCAUGA